AUGGGUGAACCCGUUGACACGUCGUCCGUGCAGGCCUUCAAGCCCUUCCGUUAUGUGCCUUACCGCAAUGUCCCGCUGGUGGUGACGGACCCCGAUUAUAACUCGCUGAUGGACGAGAAAGUGGACUUCACUCCCGCUACCAUGACGUUGGCGCUGCUGCACGCAGAGUCGACCGUAGAACCCAAGCUCAACACGCGACUAGUGCCCGCUGAGACCGUCAGCCGCAGGAUCGAAGACGGGGAGAAGUUCUGCAUGCCUCCGAUGAUUAAUCUUUGCGGCGGCGUUGUCAUCGCCGUGCCCAUCGUAACAACCACGGAGGAACUCCCGGGCAGGCACUGCAGCCUUCUCCUUGUGGCACACGCUAAUGAUCUUCGGGAACUCGCGAGCGAGAACCGCACAGUGGUUUUCCAUGUGGACCCGAAAGCCAGACUGCGCUUCCACGAUGUCGUUUUCAACACCGUGCACGAGUGGAUCAUGAGCACUGCUCGUGCGCAGGCACUAUCGAGCCUCGGCGGGGCCGGUUUCGAACGGCCGAAAGAGUCCGACAUCGACGAACGUUUGGAGAGGUGGAAGAACGUGGUUCGUCUGGAUUGCGGUAACCUGAGAGACACCGCACCCGUCACUGGUCUACGCGUGGCGGAGGUGUAUAAAACGUUCCUCGCCCACAUGGAAGCCGUCGUUGCGCAACUCUCGUCGUACGAAUUCAAGCUCAUGGGGCGCAAGGAGCUGAAGCCGUUUCGUCAACAGAUUGCGCAGUACAUAGAGGGUAUCGCGCUCGGGCAGAAGUUCGAAGGCGCCCUUUUGCAGCAAGGGACAGCAGCUUCUGUGGAGGGUGAGGAGGAUGCUGUCGGAAGUUCCGUGCACGCUGAUGAGGAUCACGCUGGCGGGUCGUCGGUUGCCGCUCCGGCCGCGUUAGGAGUGACGUUGCACAAGGAAGGUGCGGGACGGGGCAAUCCCAAGGGUGGCAACGGGAAGCCGAGGGAGGUGGCUGAGGGGGGCAAGGGAAAGCCGAAGGAGGCGUCCGAGGGGAGCAGGGGGAAGCAGAAGGAGGUGUCUGAGGGGGAUGAGUGGAAGAAGGAGAAGCGGAAGUUGAAGGAAAAGCUGGAUGAGGAGAGGAGCGAGAAGGAGCGUCUGCGGGAGGAGCUGCGGAGUAAGGAUGCUGAGCUUGCGGAGGAAAAGGAGAAGGGUACCAAGUAUGUCGGGCACGCAAAACAAGUACUUGAUAAGGCGGCGGAGGUUUCUACAAACGCAGCGGCCACGCUGGAUCGUUCCCGAGCGAUGCAAGAGACCCUUGCCAAGGGCGUCGAGCAGCUGGUGGAUGAUCACGCCAAGGCAGCGGCGAAGACAGAGGAGACGGUGAAGUCUGUGGAAACGUCGCUUGCUGGUGUCGGAGACAAGGUCAAGACGGCCGCAGAAGGUGCCGUUGCGGGGCUUGGGCAGCAGGUCGACAAGGCUGUGAAGGCUGCUGUGACGUCUGCUGUCUUGGAUGCAGCGAAAACCAUGCAGGAUGUUCUCGUCGAAGCCGUCAAGGGGGUGGUCAACAAGAGGAUGGAGGAGAUUAAAGCCUCCAUUGUCGCGCAGGUCGACAAACGUGUCCGCGAGGUUGUAGCUGAGUCAACCAAGGGUUUGAAGGCGGACAUCGUCUCCAUGGUUCUGGACACGACGAGGCAGGCCUUUGGCGAAGCUGGCUUCGCAGCUCUUCCGAGCGUUUUUGGUGCCGCAACAGCUUUGGCACGCCAAGGUGGAGGAGGGGGUGCAGGAGGAAAGCAUCCUCGUGGGGAUGAUGGGAGUGAUACGCAUGGCGGGAUGGGAGGAGAUACUGUCCACAGCGAAGUCGCGCGGCAUAAACGAUCGAAGGCUGGCUGGCUGGAGAAGGGUGUGGGGGACGUCCCAUCGAAGCUGGCAUCUCGUGCGGAGGGUGGUGUUGCACCUUUGCACAUAGACCUCACCCUGGGCACACCGGUGAGGCGUGCAGACGGUCGGGCCAACAUUGGGGCGUCCUUGCCGUCGCAAGGUUUAGUUGCGGUCGGGGCUAGCAGGGUUCAUGGUGCGCAACCACCAAGCGGAGGUGGCAUUGUGUUGGGCCUUCCGACGAAGACUCUCGCUGGCCGUGGAGGUGUGGAGCAGACUGGUGCGGAAGGUGCUGUUCAAGGGGCGGCGCCGCGGACCCAGGAGGUGCCCGGGGCCCCGCAAGGAGACGUUCACGAUUUCCUGGCAGGGAUGCGAGCCGCCAUGGAAACGGGUCAGCAACAGCACCCGGUGGUUGACAAGGGACUUGCGGCAAUCCGGGCGGGAUUGCAAGAGCUCCAGCCCGCGGGCGAUCACCAUGCGCAUGCGCAGCCUCAGCGCCCCGUAGCCUCCACACCUGCUGCGGACGACGACGUACCUGCAAGCGGGGCUAUACCGCCCGAGGGUCAGCUCAGCUUCCCUCCGGACUUGUUCGGCAUUGAUCUUGGUGAGGCUGAUACGUACGCACAGGAGUGGCAGGCAGGUCAUGGCGACUCGGAUGGCGAAGCGGAGGAGAACGUGGAUAACGAGGAGAACGAGGAGAAGGAGGAUACGGAAGGCCUCCAUGUACUUGGUGCCGCGGAAGGAGAGGAGACUGACGGCAAGGCUGGUGGUGCUUUGGCGGAGGUUGAAGGGGGCAGGGGUCGAAAGGGCGCUGGCGUCCGCAAAGAUAGAAACUCGCCUGGAUGGACCGCCGACAUUGUGGGUGGAGGCCACUCCCGCUACCUGGGCUACUCGUUGAAACGGGCGGACGUGGAGUUUACAGUGUCCGUAGCCAUGAUUGUGUGGGACGGAUACGUGUCGAAGGUGCUGUGGGGCGCCUACAAGGAGGGUCCAAGAUGUCAGAAUCACUAG